CCGGAAGUUGCCUCGUCCGGCGCGGCGCGCAUGCGCAGUGAGGAGAGCUAGCGGAGCGGAGGAGCAGAAGCAGGAGCUCGAGGAGUUUCUUCAGGUUUAAUUAUUCAGUCUGUUAAUUAGUGUGUGUUUAUGAACCUGCACGAUGGCGGGAAUCAAAGCUCUGAUCAGUCUGUCGUUUGGAGGAGCGGUCGGUCUGAUGUUCCUGAUGCUGGGCUGUGCUCUGCCCGUCUAUAAUGCGUACUGGCCUCUGUUCCUGCUCUUCUUCUACAUCCUGGCACCUAUCCCAUACUGCAUCUCUCGCCGCGUGGUGGACGACACAGACUCGGCCAGCAACGCCUGCAAAGAGCUGGCCUUAUUCCUGACCACCGGCAUCGUGGUGUCCGCCUUCGGGCUGCCCAUCAUAUUCGCCCGCGCUGAUGUGAUCGCCUGGGGAGCCUGUGCUCUGGUUCUGACGGGAAACAUCGUGAUCUUCGGCACCAUCCUGGGCUUCUUCCUGGUGUUCGGCUCGAAUGAUGACUUCAGCUGGCAGCAGUGGUGAAGCAGGACUCUUUCCCUCGAUGCAGCGUCCCCGCAGCUCAUCUCACCCUGACAUGAUUGUUUUUAUUUAUAAUUGCCGCCCAUUGAUAGAAGCAGGAGACCAGUGCAAUAAUUGUGUUGAUUUUAGCUCGCUCUGACCUCAGACAGAAACACUGGAGACGUCAGAUCGUUUUUCUGCUGCUUGAUGUUUGUCGGGAAGCUUUUCCCAGUUACCACACUGAUGUCUUUCUGUUCUGUUUGCUCGGAGUUUAUUUAUUUGUCCUCGUCUUCUGUUGCAGCUGAUCAUCGUGAUAAAUGUGACAUCGCAGACUGAAGCUCGUUGUGUUGAUUUGAUGAUUCUGUUUUUAUUGCAUAGCGAUGCGUUUGGCAUCUUGAGACACCCAGACCUUUCCAGAAUCAGAAAAUAAACAAUUGUGACUUUUAAUCUUACAGUUCUGACUUUCCUCUCUUAGGAUUGUAAGAUAAGAACUCAGAAUUCUGUGUUUAUAUCUCAAAACUUUUCUCUGAGUUUAGAGUUUGCAUCUCGCUAUUGGGUUUUGGCACAGAAUAAAAACAAAAACAAAACAGUAUUUGUGACUUUUUAGCUCAGAAUUGAGAGAUGAACCUGCAAUUUUGAGAAAAAAAUUCUGAAUCGUGAAAUAUAAUCUCAUAAUUAUGAGAAGAAAGUCAGAAUUGUGAGAUUAAACUCCCAAAUACUGGUUUUAUUUUUUAUUACAUAGUGAAAACGAAACAUUUGUGAGAUGCAAACUCAGAAUUGUGAGAGAAAAGUCAGAAUUCUGUUACUAUUCUGCAAUUUUGAUUCUUUUUUUUAUCCUGUGGCACAAAUGCGCUUCCAUUCAAUGCACAGGUAGAAAGUGCUGUAACUGCUGUUUCAUGUUGACUCUAAAGCUUCUCUUAUUUUACAUCACUGUUUGUGCAGAAACGGCGCAGGUAACAAUGUGACAUUUUCCUCUUUUCUUGUUCAUUUUUUAAAUAAAUACCAUUUUUGAAAUAA